AUGUCCCAAAGAAAAGGCUUGGAGAACCACACUGUUGGAUUUGGAUUCGUUCUUCUGGCAUUCUGUGACCACUCCAGCCUGCAGGGCCUGUGCUUCACGGUGUUCCUGCUCAUCUACCUUGUGGUGCUGGCAGGGAACAGCCUGGUUGCCCUCCUCACUGUGCUGGACUCCAGCCUGCACAGCCCCAUGUACUGCUUCCCGAGGAACUUGUCCUUCCUGCAGGUCUACUACACCUCUGUACUGCCAAAAAUGCUGGUGUGCCUCCUGAGGGCAGAUGGCCGGAUCUCCUUCCUUGGCUGUGCUGCCCAGCUGUAUUUCCUGGUUCUGCUGGGCAGCACCCAAAGCCUUCUCCUGGCUGCCAUGGCCUACGAGCACUCCAUGGCCAUGUGCCACCCCCUGCUCUUGCAGGCAGGACAGACCUACCAGCUGUUCCCUUUGCCCUUCUGUGCAUCCCGUGACCUUCCUCACUUCUUCUGGUACGUCCCCCUGCUGCUGGACCUGGCCUGUGAAGACACGUUCUGGAACCAAGUGGGGCUGCACACCAUCACCCUGGGUUUUGUAAUCCUUCCCUUCUGCUUGAUAGUUCUGUCUUACAUUCAAAUUAUCAGGGCAAUUCUGAAAAUCCCCUCAGUUCUGGGCAGGCACAAAGCCUUUUCCACCAGCUCCUCACACCUCGGGGUACUGACACUCUUCUAUGGCUCAGCCACAGUCGUCUACUUAAAGUCGUCUACUCGAGGGAUUCUGGAGAUCCUGACAAACACUCUGCCCUGUUUUACACAGUUGUGA